UCUUGAUGUGAACUACCAGGACGACAGUAACACAGCAGCAACACUAACAAGUCAGACCUGCUGUGUAGAAGAUGGGGAUACAAGCAAAGAAGAUGAUGGUGUGUCUUCUGAGUAUUUCCCUGCUCUUGUCUGUGUGUGAAGUACUGUUAAGUGACAUCUCUCAGGCUGCUCCUUUCCAAGCAGUGGAGCUAGGACACACAGUUACUAUUACAUGUCACAUUCAUAGCGCUGUAAGAACUAGGGUAUGGUACAAACUAAACACUGGCAGGAGACUACAACUGGUGGCCUCUACAGAUACUUUAUAUAAUCUGACAACAUUUAAAGAUCAAUCUCACCAUUAUUCAGUAAUAUCUGACAGCAUCAGCAGUCAUCUGACCAUAUCUGCAACAAUGUGGGAAGACACUGGCACAUACUACUGUGGAGUGAUGAACUUAGACAACAUUCAGUUUGGACAAGGAACCUUUUUGAUGAUAAAAGGUGCAAAGAUGAUCAGUGACUCUGUCGCCCAGCAGCCAGAGUCUCAGUCAGUCCAGCCAGGAGACUCCGUGACUCUCAGCUGUUCUGUUCACACUGGCCACUGUGCAGCAGAACACACUGGUGUCUUUUGGCUGAAGAACUCGGAUCAUUCUGCUCCAGAAAUGAUUUACUCCUCUGGAAGUAAGAACGGCAUCUGCCAGAGGACUGAGAGCGGAGAACCUACCUGUGUGUACAACCUUCUCAUGAGGAACCUCAGCUCUGAUGAUGCUGGAAACUACUGCUGUGUUGUGACUUCAUGUGGACAGAUACUGUUUGGAAAUGGGACCAGGAUUAAUAUUCACAGAGACAUUGCCUUCACCAAAUCAGUUGAUCUGAGUCCAACUGUCAUCGCGCUGAUGCUGUCAAACACCGUUCUUGGGAUGGUGACACUUCUACUUGUAUGGACGCUUUGCAAAAAACACCAGAAAAAUCCCACACCAGCAUCCAGAUCCAGCGAUGGAUCUUUUGAAGGCAGUCAGACUGGCGAUGCAGUUGUCUAUGCAGCAGUGUGUUCAGCUCCCAGAGGCUCCUCCUGCAGACCAGCUCCGCUGAAAAACAGUCAAGACACUGUAGUUUAUUCUGAUGUCAGGUUCUGUCAACAGGACUGACAGACUUGUAAAUAAAGAUUCCAGGGUGGCAGCAAUCACUUUGCUAUUAUUGUUAUUUGCUUCCAGCUUUCCAACUGAAACAAUAUGAUGGCUUCUGGCAAUGUGGUCUGAUAUUAUGUUUUCAAAAGUGACUUGUUCAAUAAAAUAGAGGUUAGAAAGAGA